AUGGUGUCUCCCCGCUUGGCCAUCGGCCUCCUUGUCACGGCGUCCUCCCUCGCCGCCGCUCUCUCGACCUGCAUCGAUGGCGCCCGGGGCGUGGCGUACGGGUACGCGCCGGGGAGCCCGACGGGGCCGGAGAACUGGGGGAAGCUGAGCCCCGAGUACAGCCUGUGCGGGGAGGGGAAGCAGCAGUCGCCCAUCGACAUCGUCACCAAGGAGGUCGUCCCCACCCCCGGCCUCGAGUCCCUCAACCGCACCUUCGCCCAAGCCAACGCCACGCUCGUCAACGACGGCCACGACAUCUCGCUCAAGUUCAAGCCCGGCACGGUCGGCAACAUCACCGUCGGCGGCAAGGUCUACGACUUCGAGAAGCUGCACUGGCACGCGCCCUCCGCCCACACCGUCAACGGCCAGCGCUUCCCCCUGGAGCUGCACCUCGUCCACAGGAGCGCCGACGGCGGCCUCGCCGUCAUCGCCGUCCUCUACAAGGUGGGCCACGCGGAGUCCUUCUACGUCCUGAUGAGGAAAGCGCUGGGGGAGAUGGCCGCCGACAAGUGCAACUUCGCCGAGCAGGAGUCGCGCGUGAGCGCCGAGGGGGUGUUCAUCAUGCGCGCGCUGCAGAGGCGCGCCGGCAGCUACUUCCGGUACACGGGCUCCCUCACCGCGCCGCCGUGCACGGAGAACGUCGUCUGGAGCGUCCUCGCCAGGGUCAGGCAGAUCAGCAAGGAGCAGCUGGACCAGCUCACGGCGGCGCUGCAGCCCGGCGGCGACGCGCGCCCCGUGCAGCCGCUCAACGGCAGGAUCGUACAGUUCAACAACGCCACCGACAUCAUCUCCUUCCCGGUGUAAUCCAAUGGUUACACUCCGAUCCUAACUACUAUAUAUACUACUCUGGAGUAGUAGCAGGGGAAUCAACCAGUGGCUGGACUUAUUAUGAAUGUACCACUGAUGAUUGCUGCUGCCAAACCAACUCGAUGGCCCUAGCUCGCCCUUAUUAAUGUAAUUCAAUCAUGUAAACUUCUUUUCCAGUUCAAAAAU